AUGGAGAUGAAGUUUGUUGACGUGACGGAGAGGACGACGCAGGGGGCGAGAUCAGGGAAGAAGAAGCUGAAGGAUACUUCGGAGCGUACUCUGUCGCACUCCUAUUCAUCAUCAACUUCUUCUUCUUCGUCCUCGUCGUCGAUGCCAGCCCUCACGAAUGCCGUCUUGCGACGAAAACAGCAGCAGCAGCAGCAGCAGCAGGAGGAACUGCUACCCUUUCCAACAUUCAACUUUUCCAUCCCGCCCGAGUCAGUCGCCCAAGUCUUCUUUUUCCGGCACUAUUCCAUUACGGGAUCGAUCCGCCACUACGAGAUGCAAAAGAACUCUGCAAUGUCGGCGCUGAAGAUGAUGGGCAUUGUGGCUGUGGGCAUGGCCGGGCUGGCGAUAUCCAAGCAAGACCCCGGCGUGAUGGCGCUAGCUAGGAGAAAGUACGGAUCGACGCUGCUUUCGAUCAAUGAGGCGAUCAAAACCCGUGAGGAGGCCAUGGGCUCCAUCAUUAAACGGAUGCCUGCUGCUCACAUUCGCCAGAUUGUACAAACAUCCCCUCUUUUCAAUGCUGAUGAUGAACUAGAGCCAGCAGCUCGCCUAUUUGACAUAAUUUGUGACCUGGCAGAGCUCCACUCUGCAAGUAAUGAAGCAGACGAGGUCAACCACAUUGCUGAGAAAAUCUCAGCCGCCAUGACCAUCGAAAAGGAGCUGCUCGCUUGGAAAUCAGACCUCCCCGAGAGGUGGAUGUAUUCUUCCGGCGAAAACAAGCUUGACAAAGCCUAUGGGCCCUCCUGCCACGUCUAUGCAUGCCCCUGGCAGUCUUACAUCUGGAACCACUAUCGCAUUUGCCGACGCAUGACCCAUUCCGUGCUCCUACACUAUCUGGGCACUCUCGCGUUACCCGUCACUCAGGUGCAUCCCGCGCUUAUUGACGCGUGUGCCUCGCAGCGAGAAGCUUCACACAAGAUUCAAGCGGCUAAGAUGCGUGAUUUACGCGCGAGUAUGCCCUACAUUCUAGAUUUUUACGACAAAUCAAAGGGGAACAGCAGGCUGUUUCCCCAGCACUCGGGGGUGUUUGGUCUGCUGGCCUCGAUCCAGGCAAUGAUAGGGGUGGAGGGUGUCUGCAAAGAGGAUGCUAAGUGGUUGUGCCAAGACUUUUUCCUCUAG